AUGAUUGGUGUGGAUGGUGAAAAAGGUGUUGGCAAAUCUUGCCUUAUCAACAAAUUUGCAAAUGAUGAUUUUGAAAAUGGAAUAUAUAAAGAAACUCUGCGUGCGUAUAUCACAACCACGCACAUUCAGUUAGAUAAUUACACUAUUAAAGUAGAAUUUUUGGAAAUCGGGGAUCUCAGACCAAAUAAAAUCUACAUUGACGGUGCUGUCCUCGUUUACGAUAUUUCUCAACCUGACAGCAAAACGAAAAUAAAGGAAUUACUAUUAGAUGAAUGUAGUAGUUAUUUCAAAGAAAAGAAUUAUUUUGGAGAGGAAUUUUUAUUUAAUGAGACUUCAAUUGAAGAGAAAACUAGCGCUAGUCUCAAUAAAAUUCUAGAAGAAACCAAUGAUCUAAAUGAAUUGACCUCUCCAAAAAAUAAGCAAUUCAAGUUCAUUAUGGAACAUGCAACAAAAUUAUAUUUGUAUGAGAUUCCAAAAGUUAUUUAUGGCAGGCAGCAACAAGUAGAA